AUGUUGUUUCUAAAUUUAAAAAAAUUAGGAGGGGGGGUAGGACGAAGAUUAUGUAUGCCCAUUUAUAGCGGAACAAGCGAUUGUAUUUAUAAGGAUAAACAUUUUGUUUUAAGAAAAAUAAAUCAGAAAUAUGAAAAUGUAUUAUUAUUUGGUGAUGUAAAUAAGUUAAGGAAUACAGCGAUCGAAUUGAUACAAAAUAUUUCUGAACAGUCAGAAAAUAAUUGUAAUAAUAAUAGCUAUAUAAAUGAUAAAUUAAAAAAAUAUGAAAAUAGUUAUAAAUUUUUGUCUGAAAACUUAGAAGAAGAAAAUGAAACAGACAGUGAUGAUAAUAAAACUAUGUCUUUAAAAGAAAAAUUAAAUAAAGAAGAAAAAACAACUAAAAAAAUAACUAAAAAACUAUCUUUUUGGCAAAUAUACAGUAUGCGGGUUAAAAAAAGUCUCCAUUUAUUAAAUACUCAUGAUUUCUCAUUAAUACUUCAAUCUUUUCAUUUAUAUAAUAAAGAUACUGGAAUUUAUGUUAUGUCAAUAAAAUAUGUGGAAGAUCAAAUUCCAAAUAUGAAUGGAACAUCAUUUGUUAUUUUGUUAAAUAUUUUUAGUAAAAGAUUGAAAAAACAUAAUUAUGAUGAUUUUUUCAGAAAAAUGAUAAGUUAUAUACCCAAUAUUAUGUAUGAUUUAAAUUUAAAAGAUAUAAAUAAUAUAUUAAACAUUUUUUAUAAUAUUGAAUUAAAUAAUCCCAAAAUUUGUGAAAUGUUUUAUAAAAAAAUAUUAUCAAAUAUAAAUAAGGAAGACGCUUUUAUUAUAUCUUCUUUAUGUUAUAUUUUUUAUAAAUAUAAUUUUGAAUAUUUACAUUUUUUUGAAUGUUUAAAAAAAAGAGGAUUAUGUGUCUUAAAUGAUUUUGAUGCUAUUCAAUUUUAUAAAUUUAUUUUUUCAUUAUAUAAAAAAAAUAUAUGUUUAAAAGAAAUUAUAAAUCGUAAGAAAAAUGAUGUUAUAGCUUUAUUACCGAAUUAUAAUGAGGAACAAAAAAUAUUUAUAUGCGAUAUAUUUGGAAUUAAAUAA